AUGGUUCUAAAUAUUGAUAGAUACACUGAUAUUAUUGCAUGGAAUGACCAAAUUUUAGAAAUGGGGAAUUAUUAGGAUAAAAAGCAUAAUUUUUUUUUAAAUAGUGAAUAUGUGUUGGAUAAUUGGUGCAAUUUAAGAGAAUAAAUGUGUGGUGAUAGUGAUUAAAAUUGCUUCAAUUAAUUUGCUUAAGAAUUAGAAAGCUUAGGACCUUACGAGACAGAGAUGAUAUACUUGUAGGAUUAAUAUUAAUCUUGGUCUUCUUCCUUUGCUUUAGAAUGGGAAUACCUAAGUGAUUAACAAAAGAUGAAAAUAAUAAUGACCAGUUUCAGUGCAUCAAUUAGCAAAUCUUUAACAGCUAAUUCUUUUUUAAAAGAAAUAGGUGCUUCCUCAUAUUAUAUUGGAUUUUAUGAAGAUGGGAUCUUUGUUAUGAAUCAGCUAUACAUUUUUCUAAAUCAAUUUGACGUGAUAAAUAAACCUGAGUACGGAGGACCUUUUAAUUGCACAAAAAAUGCAUAUGGCUAAUAUAAUAAAUAUAAAUAUACUGACCCUUAAUAAUUUGAUGGGUUCUUAUAUAAGGACAUGGAUGGGGAGUAAUGUAAUGGAUUGUGUGAUUGUUAAUUUUAUAAUGUUAAAAGAUUAGUUCCUUUAGAUUGGAGAUGUCGACCUUGGUUUUAUUCCUCAUAUCAAGAAUAUUAAAUAACUUACUCAGAACCUUAUUCAGAUAUUACUACAUAAACAUUAGAUACAACAAUUACAUAUAAAAUUACAGAAAAUUAAAAUCCUCUCAAUAUAUCAAUAGAAAAGCAAAUGCAAACAAUAGCUGUAUAAUCCGUUGAUACAGAUCUUAGUUAAGUUUAGAGUAGAUUAUCAAGUAGUUUUAAUAUUUCUCAAGAAUACUCUUACAUAAUCUCUGCUAAAACAUUUAACUAUGAACAAAACAAGGGAUAUUAUGAGUUUUUAGUUUUGACACACCCUUUAAGUGAUGGAACAGUCUAAAGUAUUGUAGAUCUAGAAUUUGCAAAUUCGACAAAUAAGCAAUAAGAGAUAAGUUAAUAUUUAAAUAGCGUUUCAUUCAUGCAAAACACUGAUUUAAGAAGCUCUGGGUGUAAUUCAAUACUUUAGAGUGAUUAUUAAUUCAGAAGAAUUAUUAAAAACGGUUAAGAAUACUUAACUUAUUUUUAAACCCUAAGAGUUUGUUAUGGAAAUUUGUAUGUUUAAGAAAGUAUCAUUUUUGGUUAUUUAGCAAGAGCCUUUUCAACAGAUUUAAUAAAACAAUAAUUAGAUAUAGUUACCUAAACUUUUAAUCCAAUUUAAACGAAAAUUUUAAUUACCUAUUUAAUAUGCUUUAUUUUUAAUGCUAUAAUAUUAAGUUAGCUCCUUUUAUACCUAUUAAAAUUUAAUUUUGAUAUACCUAUUAGUAUAGUAAAUCAAUUCAUUUCUAGAGCAUAGAUGCAUGAAAUUCAUCAAUUUUCAGAAUUAAUUAAACAGAAAAAGAUAAAAACUUAACAUGAGCUUUAAAAUUUAAUUUUUGCAAUAGAAUCUGUCAUUUCUUUUGUGUAAAUAUAAAUUGAGUAGCUUCAGAAAGAUAAAGUUGAUAUUCAGCAAAAAGAAUUGAUAGACAUUUAUGAGAAGGCUCUUAAUAAUUUUAAAAUAAUAGAUAAUUUAACAGGAAUAGGUAUUUGUUAUAACAAUAUUUCAAACUUGUACCAGUCUUUACAAGAAUAUAAGAAAAGCAUAGAGGCUAUGUAAAAUGCUCUAAUCUCAAUUGAAAUUUUGCUUCUAAAUAAAAAGAAACAAACAUAAAAAACUGCAAUAGAAAUGGCUUAAAAUCCUAAAAAUAAAAAUAUAAUCAAGAUUUAUGCUUCAAGGAAUUUUUAGUUAGCUAAUUUACUUAUUAUUUACCUCAAGAAAAAUAAAUAAGAUAACAUUCAAUAGGAGCAUUAUUUUACUUUUGAAGAAAAUAAUUUAGAAUUAGAUAACUCUUUAAAUUACACUAACAGCAGACUAUAGGAUAUUACAAACUUCAAGUGGCAAUAAAAUCAAUCUUUAAAUAUAUCUUUUUCAUAAAAUAUUUUAUAAAGUCAGAAAUAUAUUAAAAAAGUGAAGAUUUACAAGAAUUUAGAUUUCUAAAUAUAUUAUGUCUAUUAAAUAUUGCAGAAGCAAAUCAAUUAUUGGGAAAUAGAAAUUACUUAAUUAAAGAAAUACUUCUAAAAUGCAAAAAUAUGA